AUGUCUUCAGCAUCCCACUCAGCCAAAGCCACCAAGAAGAGUGCUUUCUCUUGUGACCAAUGUCGAAAGAGGAAGGUGAGAUGCGGAGGGGAGCAGCCAAGUUGUCGACGCUGCACCGUUCGCAAUGAUACUUGCAUGUACAAAUUAUCGCCAACACUUUCAUAUACCGAGAGGCUCGAGAACAAAGUGAAAGAUUUGGAAGCGCGAUUGUCACAGUUCCAGCAGCUGGAUAGUAAGCAAAAUGGGACGAAAGAUUCGUUGUCAUCUUUGCAUCCAUGGUCACCUGAUGAGAAGUCUUCAUCUGAUCGAGCAGAAACCUUCAAAGGGCUCAAGGUCGAUGACAAGGGAGCAAUAACGUACCACGGGACAACGAGCUUCUUUCAGCUUCCAACGUCAACGGAUAAUGGGCCAUUCGAUUCUGCAUCUUCGGACAAGUCAGAUUUGACUGCUGAGAGCAUUGGACGAAGAGAAAGGCUCGUGAGAAAUGCUUGGGAGCAACGCGCUUUGGAAACCCUAGCAGAGACUCCAGAACCUUUCCAAUAUCUACUGAAAGCUCAUUGGUGUUGGAUUCAACCACUGUUCAAUUUUGUGUAUCGACCAGCAUUCACACGAGACAUGGAAGUCCUCGGACCAUAUUAUUCCCAUACCCUACUCAACGCUAUGCCCUCACAUUCAGUGCGCUGGUGCAAGAACGAUCAACAAAUUUCACACUUGCUCGCACCGUAUGAGAAUGGCCAACUAUUCUCUCGACAGGCGCGUACUUUAGUAUUUGAAGACUUGACCCAAGGACAUAGCAGUGUCCCAACUGUUCAAACAUUGCUCUUGCUCAGUGCCCAAGAAUGCAGUGCAGGCAACAGAACACAAGCAUGGCUCUACAGUGGUAUGGCGUUUCGACUGAUUGAAGACAUGGGUAUAUGUAUCGAUGGACAGAAAUAUGCCGGAAGUGUACGACUAUCAGAUGAAGAUAUUGAGAUUCGCCAUCGACUUUUCUGGAGUUGCUUUUUCUGGGAUAAGAUAAUCAGUCUGUACCUUGGACGAUCGCCCACCCUUCAGCACUCAAGUAUCAGCCCUCCGCAAAUCAUGCUUGAUGACUCCGCAGAAACCGAGCUUUGGACACCUCACGGUAUUGUUUAUCCUGACAAUGUGGAAUAUCCUCCAACACAAGCCCACUCGAUAUCAUGCUUCACCAGAAUGUGCCGCCUUUCGGAGAUCUUCAACCGAAUCCUAAUUAAUAUGUACGAUCCGCUGGGAAGAAAUACUGAAGCUGAUAUUCGGGAUUGUGUGCUAAAGGAAGGAGAGAACCUGAAAGUCUGGUGGAACGACUUACCAAACUUUCUCCAAAUCGAAGCCAAAGCACUGCCGCCACACUGUCCACCGAGUCAUAUAGUUACUCUCAAUUGUUUGUAUCACACUUUCAAGAUCCUACUUUAUCGUCCCAUGCUCUCUCACAGGUCGAAGCAACAAGCUCCUGAUCCGAACCAUCUUGUCGAAUGUGUUUCGUCAGCAACGACCAUAAUUGCAAUUUUUGAUCUCUUUUCCAGAACCUUUGGAUACGGAUACUGCAUUCUGUCACUAUCCUAUAGUGUAUAUACUGCGGCUUCUAUGUUUCUCUUACAAAUCCAAGCAGCUGCAUCUCCCGAUGAACAAGCCAUGAACCGACUUGCGUUCUGUAUACAGUCUCUCGAGCGAAUCACCUCUUACAAUCCAGUCAUUGGAAGCUCUUUGCAAUUGAUAACGGAAGCAUUAUCGAAACUGGGUAUAGAUUUAUCGAGCUCACGAAUAUCUACAUCCACAAAGGAGUCGCAAGAAGAUGUAGCACAAAUCAUCAAUGCUGUGUAUGAAGACAAUGGGUCCGAAACAUUCUAUCUACCGUCAGGUUCAAACGAACCUGUCGAUCCUCAGCUGCUGCAAGAUCUUGCUCUUGAGAACUUCGAAGUGUCGCCAGAAACACUUGAAGCUUUCUCUAAUCUGCAUCCAAUGGACCCAACAUUCGGCUCCUUUCAAGACUGGAAUUAUACUUCUACCCAAGAAUCCCAGUGA